AUGAAUUACGAAGAUCAUUUAGACGAAGAUACACCAUAUGCUGGUGAUGAGAUGCAAGCAGGAUCACCAUUAGAGUUCAUAAAGUCACAAUUCGCACAAAGAGAAUCAAGACAACACAUUUUAUCAAUCUUUAGAAAUAUCAUUGGUUUCGCUUUAGUAACAUCAUUGUUUGCAAAGAAUGGUGAUAAAGUUUCAACUGUUGCCGAUUUGAUCAAAUUGUUCUUUGGUGAAGAUUAA